AUGCAGUUCUCCAUCCUCAAGCUCGCCGUCGCCGCCCUGGCAAUUUGCAGCGACUCCGUCCUCGGCCAAACGACCCCAGCCCAAGUCGUCCAGAACAUCGACAUGGUCACCAAAAAGUCCAACGACCUCAUUGCCCCCGCGCAAAAGAUUGACCUCGUCAGCGGGCCGUUGCUCAUCAUCGGCCUGGGUCCUUUCCCGAAAAUCAUCACUGGCUUCGUAGACAUUGUUAGCACCGUCACCACGGCCCUCGCCCAAAUGCAGGGCAUGCCUCCCGUUCCGGCCGGCCCCCAGUCCGACGCCAUCUUUGAGGCGUUCCGCGAGUUCGUGCGCAUCCAUCAGGUGCUUCUCAAUGUGCUUAUCGGCAAGGCCGGUCUCUUUUCGACUGUACCCCUUAUCGGUGCACCUAUUGCUGCCGUCCUCAGACAGGUCGAGAGUGUUGUCGAUGUGAGCCUCCCCCUCCCGCCUGCCCGCCCUCUCAAGGAUUCUUCAUGGUUUCAAAGAUUAGAAAAGUGGUGGCUGACCCUCGUACUCCCCAAGUCUGUCGCCUUUGCCCUCAUCAGCGCCGUGCAGAGCAGAGCCACCGACCUCCAAGUACAGGCCGGCAUGCUCACCGGAACUAUCACCACUACCAUCGACCGCUACGAAGGCCUCAAACUCAACUAA